ACCGUUACACACUACACAGGGUCAGGGAAGCCGCCAGCCGGGAGCCUAUACAGCAACAGUGCGGCAGUGUACCUCAAUCAGCUCGGGUCAGCAGAGCGGAGCGGCAUUAACAAGCGAUGGAAGGGCGUGGAUACCUGAGUGAAAAGCUGCUUGUGCAGCUCUUUCUAAUCCUUGGAGCAUUUUUUAAUGUAGCUUUGUGUACAUUGCAAGAUGAAAUUAGUAGUGACUCCCUUGAAGUCAGAUUUGAUGAAAUCUAUGACAUUGAUAAUUGGGACCAGGACAUGACUGUUGGAUUUACAUCAUCAGUAACUGCAAGUGUGAACAACUAUUGUAUGGAUUCAAGUAACUUUGCCUCCUGUCAGAUAUCUGCAUACAAUGACCCCUUUACCGUUGUACUCUCUGCAAAUUCUCCUGAGUAUUUCAAUGGGGACAUCAAAAUGACCUUUUACGUAAGGAUUCCUGAGGCCGACAGGGCUUCUGACGCCGCCAUGGAGUAUGUCGUUCCUAAAGCCACAGUUGCAACCAUUGUGGAGGAGAAUGCAGCAGACAUCAACAAUGCCACUGGCCAGGCACUUGUGUUCAUCGGUGACAAGCGCAUCAUUGCGCUGGACACCGGCCUUGACAAAAUCAUGAUCCCGAUCGUCUGCGUGCUCUUUGUCCUUGUUGUGCUCCUGGCCGUCUGUCUGACCUGCAUGCAGUCGCGUGGGGAGAAGAAGAUCCAAGAGCAGAGACAAAAGCAGUUUGGAUCCAAGGGAGAUGAAGGGAUCACUCUCACAGCCGUCAAGAGCGGUGGAUACAGCAGCGAAGAUAACAAUGCGAAACAAGCCGACACCACCACAACUGCAACAACCACCAAGAGAUUCCGACGACAAAAGAAGCUCAAAGAAGGACGAGAAGCUCGAGCCCAUACCCCAGUCCAGGUCCAACCAGAAGUCCAGUCCAGCGCCAACGGUACCACAACCCCCAUUGAGGUCAAGCCCGCGAAACAGCUAGACAACUUCUCAUCGAACAACUCCAAUGACCUCUUCCAGCAAAGAGGGUCAAGACAUGCUAUCGAGUUGCCCCCGCUUGUGACAUCAAGCACGCCGAGGACAAUGUCCCUCGAUGGCAGCGAUUCGGAUGACAAGGAUAGGAAAAAAGAUAAGAGGAAGAAGAAGCAUCAUCGUAAGCUCAGUAAGCAAGCCCUGGUCGAUGCUAUUGACAAGGAUGAUGACCAGGGGGAUGAUAAAUCACUUGCAACACUCUCUGAAAAUAAUCAAGGGUCGUAGGUCAAUCAAUUGCCCUCUACCUUUACCCUCUUUUAAUAUUGGGGUCAGUAUUAUUAACUGUGCUUUGGAACUUUUAAACCGUCCAGGUUAUCGCUGAAAGGGUGAUUUAGAGAGAACUAUAAAGGAGAUAGUGAAUUUCUGGCUGUCAUUGGUGAAAUCUAGGCUCUCGUCAAAAUGGAGACCCAGAUUUAAAGAUAUUUUUUAUAAUGUAACAUUGGCAUCAUUCCUAAAGGUCAGCUUAGAUCUUUGGAUAAUAUGUUUUUAUAGCCAUGUUUGGUUUUAAAGAAGUUUCACAGCUAUCAAAGGAUGCUGAUAGAUGCCAAAUAGCAGUCCCGAUAACGCCAUAUUGUAGGUGGGUUUCUCCUGCAUAGUGCUAUCUCAAAUACACAUUUGCCGAAAGCUCGCCUUUGUUUCCUGUACUUUUCCAUCCUUGUAAUGUGGACAACUUGGUGAGCAAUCUGUGACAUCUCUCUAAAAAUAGUACUCACAAUUAACAACAUAUCUUCUGAUGAUGCCAGGGGCCGUCACUAACUUAGGCUUAGUGAUUGAUCUCGGGGCUGGUUUUUAUGAUUGAUUGCAUAGAUUAUUCUGUAUGAUCAGGGCCCCGUCUUACAAAGAGUUACGAUUGAUCCAAUCAAUCAAUCACAACUAUGGAAAGCCAGCAACGUCAACAUCUAAACUACAUGAUUGUUUAAAAUAUUUUCCAGUUAUGAUGUAUAUUCAUAUUUUUAUAGAAAUUUCAGUGAGCUUCUCUUUAUUUACAAAGGACAUUGUUCUUAUUAUCUGAAGAAAAAGAAUUCCAUAUUGAUUGGAUCAAUUUUAACUCUUUGUAAGACGGGGCCAAGUUGUAAUAAAAAAGCCCCACCCUCAAUCUCCAAGCUUGAUGUCAAGGGGUCUAACUGUGCCAAAGAUAUUUCCUCAAGUUGUCCUCAAGGGGUGGUGUACGUUUGCUGUGAUGAUUUUGCGACAAUGAGCUUACGAUGAUGAACCACAGCCAGAGUGCGUCGAAGGCUGUAUUUCAUGUGGUAAGAAAUGCCUGAAGACACAACAAUCAAUGUAUUGUCUUUCAAAAAGCUGAAGGAUUUUCUGCAUAACAUCAAUGGGGUUUAUAGGAUUCCUAUCUCAAGUUCUAGUGAGUAUUGGUUUGCUCGCCAGAACCCAGUCUCAAUUUGCUGCAAAAAUGGAGUCGAUGAUGUGGUCCUGUUCAUAGACAAGGUCACCAUUGUAUGUACCAAAGAUAUGGCAAACUUGACUCCUGGCUCUUAUACAAAUUUGACCUUUUACGAGACACUAGGCUUAUCAUCCCAUUGACGUUAUGCAUUUAUACACUAGUCUAGAAGAUGAAAAAUUCAGGUUCAUUUCUUCUCACAUGCAUUAUUCUUCUUAUCUAUAUAUCCGUCCAGAAUUGUUUGUUGGGAAGUUGUCAAUGACAAGACUAAUUCCUAUUUUUGUAAAUUAAAUGUUUUAAGGAUUGCAAAUUCAAGUAAAAAAAAUGCAAAAAUGUCCAAUAUGGACCAUAAAAAGAUGCUUUAAAUAGGUACUUUACACUAUAAAAAGCAAGAAAACUGUCAACUUGUUUUAUGUUGUUUAGUGAUGUCUACAGGCACGGGUAUGUUAAACUGUACUUUAAAAGAAAAAAAUGAAAAUAACUUCUCGUUCUCCUUUCUGUGAAAGGUCAAAGAAAACCGUAAUGGGGAAUCAUGUACAUACAUGUAGGUGGAUAUAGUUAUUAAAAAUCUAAAUUUCAUAUUAUUUGUGUCUACUGCCCAAUAUUAAGAUUAAAAUGAUCAGUGUUUUGAAUUUGCAUCAUUCUGUUGUGAAGUCCAGUGUCCAAUUCAGUGGUAAUCUAUUCUUAAUGUCUCAUCUGGCAAAGUUCAAACCUUGUAGCUCUAUUUAAGGUACAUGUACUUGAGCCAUGUUUUGCCACAACAGCCUGUAUCACAAAGCGUAGGGAUUGAUCGUAGAGUCGAUUUGUACAAUUGAUUGCAUGUAAUGAUCAAUUAAAUCAGCCUUAUGAUCAAUUUCAUGUACCUAAAUUAACCUUUGUGGAAGGGUUCCAUGACAUUUGCUCCAGCGACAAUUGCUCCAACGGAAAAUCUGCAUGUUAAACCCAAACAUAAUCUAACCUACAAAACUAAAUAAACCAGAAUCCUUAUCUUUACAUUAUUCUGAAACAUUAUUCUCUUACAAUCCUUUCUCAAACCCUCUGCCCUCUGAUAUAUUAAGACCGCCGGAGCAAAUGUGUUACCUGUGAAAGUGGUGAUUUUGGGCCUGGAACCUUGAGCAAUUCUUUACCACUUACUGUAUUAAAACCUGAAUCUAGCUGAAAGUGUCGUCUGGUCCAUUGUUUCAUAGCAGAAAAAAAUAUUCAUGAUUUUGUUUGAACUCAUCAAUACCAAAUAUUGGGUGUGCUUACUUAAAAUUUUUUCUAAGAUUGCUAAACAUGGUGGUGGUUGGUACGUGUAGAAACUGUCAUCAAAUUGGUGUUUGGAAUAAUUGAGAAUUUUUUUUUAAAUAAAUGUAAUUAGAAACUCUUGAAGGAAAAAUGAGCAGUUUGAAUGAUAUUGACCAGUCCGUGAGGAUAUUGUUUAUAACAGUUGGAAAUUGGCAUAAUAUGAAUAUAUGUGCCUGUGAUUCCUCUUCACAGUAAUAUGAGACAGUGAUAUAGUAUUAAUAUUCAAGUAAUUAUAUAAAUCAAUAGUACUACACUUAUGCCAUCAUGAAUGUUCAUAUCUUCACUUGAAGCUCAAGCACUUUAUCAAAUUAUUCUGAAGUACUUCAAUAACCUCUUUCCAUGAAACUAAUGAAAAGGUUAUCAUAUCAAGUACUACUACAAGUGUCUCAGCUUUCAGGUUAAACCCUGAUUUUGGAUUCUGGAAAAUCCACAAUUUACAGUACAUGUGGAUAUUCAUGCACAUGUACUGUACAGUUUAACUCUUUGUAUAAUAUCUUCAUAUUUAUAUUUACCAGCAAUAAAUGAUUUGUUGAAAACAUUAUGUAAUGAUCACAAUAGCAUGCAUGUUGAAUCAUUGUAGCAUUUAAUGAGUAAAUGUUUGUGCAUGUUAAACUAAUGUACCAUGAAUAUAACAGAUACCCAAAUUUAAAUUGAGCAUGGUUUUACAAUUACUUGCAGUAUGUACGUGUUUAGGUAACUAGAAAUAGAGUAUGUCUUUCAUUGUUUUAAUAUCUAUUUAAAAAGAUCACUUCUAGAAAAAAUUAGUUUUUGAUGUGACCUUAGAUUGAGUAUAAAGGUAUUGGAUCUGUUUGUUCUCUCGGAAUACCAUAAACAUCUUACCAAUAUUGCUAUUAUUUGUUUGAAAUUUGAAAUAUGAGAAGAAAACAAGAGUAUCAUGGAGGAAACAUCUUAAAUAUAAAAAAAAUGGGUAUAUAUUUCGAAAUGUAAUAUGGAAACAUGGGUAUAGGUUUGUGCUAAUACAUUGAAAUAACAUUUAUCUAUUUGAAAAAGUCUCUUAAAAUGUCAUUUAUAUAUUCCCAUCACAUUCGUUUGUAGUAUGGAAUGUGCUGCAUUAAUUAGUUCAUUUUGUUUUGUAUUCUUACAAGGCUUAUCAAUAUUUGCUAAAGUAAUGGAAGUAUCAUAAAUGCAGUAUCACUACCUUAAUAAUAACCUGUAUUCUGGACCAAAAUGAAUCUUAAUGCAAUAAGGAAAAUUUUAAAAAGACAAUUAUUGUAUUUUUGAAGUGUGAUUCGGGAUGCCUUUUCAUUUUUAGCCCUAUGGAGAAAAGUAUAUACAUGUACUUAUCACAUUGUGCAAUUAGACAUUUGACCAAUAUUGUUUUUGCUGUGUAUAUUAUAACAAGAUAUAUGUAUAUCUUUAUGAUUUCAUUUUUCAAAGAAAGUAAUGGCAGAUAGAAAUUUUGCUUUGUAUUAAAUUUUUGUCCAGUUUAUAUCUAUCAUUUCACUUUUCAAAGAAAGUGCAGUUACAUUGACAUAUUGUACUGUACAAGAAAGUCUCAUCCAGAGAAUCAUUAAUUUGUAAAACUUUUCAAAUUCAUGGGGUUUUUUGUUAUGUUUUUUAAAUUGUAUUUAACUUUCUAUGGGAUACAAGAUGUAUGACUUCACAUUAUUUAUGGGCAGUAUUUAUAUUGCAAUGAUUUUUCUAUCAUCUUUUUACCAUUAAAGGUAGUAGUAGACUUA